AUGAAGUUACUCAGUCUUUUCGUCACUCUUCUUGGAGUAUACGUUUGUUCUGCCGACUACUCUCCCCUGUCUUACGUGGACCGUCAAUGUGGUGAGGAUUUGAGCAAUCUCUGGCUUGAUGUCGUUGCAGUUGUUGAUAACUCUCAAGGAAUGACAGAUGAUGGAUUGAAUAAUGUGGCUGCCAACAUUCUGACCGUCUUCAGUAACGGAACUCGAAUUGGAUCUAAUACGUUCGAGCCCAGGACCACUCGGCUUGGAUUAGUCACCUACAACAACGUCGCCACUCAGAGGGCAGAUCUUAAUCAAUACAAAUCGAUUGGUGACGCAUACAACGGGGUUUUCGAUGCUCUCUCAACUACUGUGGACACUACUGAAUCAUAUUUAGCCACAGGACUCACUUUGGCGGAGAACAUGUUGCUAGAACAGAGUGCCAACUCUACUCGUGCUCACUAUAAAAGAGUAGUCAUCGUCUAUGCUUCGGAAUACAAGGGAGACGGAGAGCUGGACCCAUUACCUGUUGCAAGUCGAUUAAAACUAAAUGAUGUCUACAUAAUCACAGUUGCUUAUGAACAAUCGGGCGAUGAUGGACUUUUGAAAGGUCUUUCUCAGAUUGCAAGUCCUGGAUUCUCCUUUUCUAAUGAUGAUCAUCAAUCCGGAAAUCUCGUUGGAAAAAUCCAAUCAUCAUUGUUGCAGUCCAACUGUUUCUGCCCGAGCGACUGGAUUCAAUACCGCACAUCGUACUCUGAUCCUGCCUCCUACCGCUACGGUGUGUGCAUCCAACCCGUCAAUAUUAAUUCUAAUUGGCUUGCUGCAAAAAUAAGUUGCGGUCGUCGUUGGAACGUCUCCUCCCUUGCCACUGAAUUCAACCAAGCCAAACACGACUUUAUUUUGUCAGCUGUUAAAAAAGCUAAUGGAUUCGCUCCGCCGUAUAAGUACCAAAUCGGAUUGAAUUAUGUCUCUGGAUCAUGGGUAUGGGAUCAACCAGCGGGACGCCAACAGGUCCCACUUCAAAAACCUUUCAUGUGGCUCUCAAACAAUCCUCAGUCGGCGUCUGAUCAAUCUGCGGCAAUGAAUAUGCAGAGUGGACAAGGAACCGGAUGGAUGAGCAUCGCUACAAUGGUUGGUAGUGCUAAUUAUGUCUGUGAAACUUAUUCCUGUGAUACCGAUAACUAUUGUGAUGCUCAAUUUUUUAAGACGAAAUAA